UGGCAGCCUCCUCAGCAGUUGUCGUGGUUCCGCGACCGCAGAAGGACGCCUCAGCUGUAGCUCUCUCCGCCAUGCGAAUUCCCGCCCUGCUGCUGGUUGCCGCUGUGUGGACUGGUGGGAGCGACGCGCUUGUGUUCCGCGCACAGCUCUUUCCCGGCCCGGUGAACAUCCGUGGCGUUCGCUACACGGAAGGAUGGACGGGGGACGCAGCCCGUCAAAACCUACUGAUCACCAACUCGCCCCCGCAGCUAUUCGCCGCACCGACCGACCACCAUGCGAGCAGGCCGCCGGCCCUCAACAUAAGGUCGCACCCUGUGUCACCUGGUUUCCUGCACGGCCAGGUCACUCCUGUGCACUUCACUUCGUAUCAGAGUCAUCAGGCGAGUCCAUCGCCACAAAAUUUCGGUAUAAACAGGCCUACAUAUCUUGAUUUUGGUGGAGUACCAAAAACGCUGCAAGCACCGGACAUAGCAAGUGGCGACUGGCUUUCACCGAAUAAUAAAGAACAAGUUGACUCUGGUCAUCUAAACCAGUUUUUGUCAUUGCAUCAAAAUUUCGCUUUCAAUCACCAACUGCAGGGUAACGUACCUGUUCGCCAGCCUACUGCCAAUAUCCCACAGCAGAAACAAAAUUAUUUUCAGCAGACCCUUUCCCAGCAAGGUGCCAUUCAAGCUGCCGCUAUCAACGAUUUCGGACGUCCAGUACAGCCGACGAGAAAUCUGCAUUUCAAUAUCGAAGACGUGUCUACUUCAUUUGGUAUUCCACAUAGUCAGAAUAAUUCUUUCAACGGAACAACAUCAAAUUUCACAUUCGCUGGAAAUGUUGCGACAACAGUCAACAAUGCGUCAGCUUCGCUCAGUAACACACAAUCUGCAUCUUCAGUAACGUCGAAUGUAGAAAACAGCCUGCCCCGACCUGCCGCUUUGGCAAGCAAUGCUAAAGAAACAGAAACGGAAGCUCAGCAGGAGAACGAAGUAGCGAAGGCGACGCUGGAAGAUGUGAUACGUCAUGACUGCCCGAACGCUGAUCAGCUGGGUUACUGCGCAUCACCACCGCGCUAUCCAACGCUACAGAUUGAAGAAGUAUACAAACGUUGCAUCCGGCUGCUGCGUGCGUUGUAUGUGCCACUGCCUGAAGAGGAUAAUACCAAGUCUAUUACCCGUGCGAACAGACACGCAUGGUCUUGGCGCGACGCAGGUCGCGAGUCGUGUUCGGGUAACGAGCGCCGGGAGGCUCCGGGCUACGUGCGCGAUGCCUCGUCCGGCCGGUGGCUGGUGGUGGUGCAGACGGAGAGCAUGCCGCAGCAGGUGCACGUGCAGGUGUGCGCGCGCCGCUGCCGCCACACGUGCUCGCAGCGCUGGGGCUACGCGCACCUCGUCACGUGGGACCCCGACGCGCCGUCGCUGUGUCCUCGUCUCGCCGUCGCGCGGCUGCCAACCUCCUGCCACUGCGCCGCUGUCGUUGGCGAUGGCGUGCAGCUGCCUCCGCUCUAGAUGCUGCCACGUAUAGGGUUGUGUUACUCGUUUUCGUGUCACUCAUUUGCGUCACAAAGUAAAAUUUGCUGACGUGUAGCACAUUUCAGUGGAUUCAUACGGUAUCCACAGUCUUGGAUCACACUAUGGUUUUUGGGACUGCUGUAGUGAAACAAUUACAGACCUCAAGGAGUAUUCGGUACCUUAUACGUGGUUUAAGGAAAGCGAAAAUCGAGUGAGUGAGAGCGAAUAAACAAUAGUGUGUGUUGUAUUGUGCUGUUCGAGUGAAAGUCAUGUUCUAUGUGUAUGGCCUUUCUAAGGCUGUGGAGGCAGCUUGCCUCAGUGUUAAAUAAGAGAAUCUUUGGUGUUCAUUACUUUACUCUCGUAUACACUGAUAUUGAAGUUUUACUUAUGCACACGCCAUUUGAAUUUUUAAAGAUUUUUGUUUGCUUCGUUAAAUGAAAAGUUGGUGAACAGUGAUAAAAUCAGUUCCCAUUCACAUAUCAUUAAUACGUAAUCGCAAUCUUGUAUCAAUCACAAAUAACAUAGUAAAUUGGAACAACAUCUUUGCAUGAAUUUAUUCCGUAGCUCUGUGUUAUGUAUAUG